AUGCCCGAUGUUUGCCUAAUAAUGAUGCCCGAUGUUUGCCUAAUAAUGAUGCCCGAUGGUUGCCUAAUAAUGAUGCCCGAUGGUUGCCUAAUAAUGAUUCCCGAUGGUUGCCUAAUAAUGAUGCCCGAUGGUUUCCUAAUCAUGAUGCCCGAUGGUUUCCUAAUCAUGAUGCCCGAUGGUUGCCUAAUAAUGAUGCCCGAUGGUUGCCUAAUAAUGAUUCCCGAUGGUUGCCUAAUAAUGAUGCCCGAUGGUUUCCUAAUCAUGAUGCCCGAUGGUUGCCUAAUAAUGAUGCCCGAUGGUUGCCUAAUAAUGAUUCCCGAUGGUUGCCUAAUAAUGAUGCCCGAUGAUUGCCUAAUCAUGAUGCCCGAUGGUUGCCUAAUCAUGAUGCCCGAUGGUUGCCUAAUAAUGAUGCCCGAUGGUUGCCUAAUCAUGAUGCCCGAUGGUUGCCUAAUCAUGAUGCCCGAUGGUUGCCUAAUCAUGAUGCCCGAUGAUUGCCUAAUCAUGAUGCCCGAUGAUUGCCUAAUCAUGAUGCCCGAUGGUUGCCUAAUCAUGAUGCCCGAUGGUUGCCUAAUCAUGAUGCCCGAUGAUUGCCUAAUCAUGAUGCCCGAUGGUUGCCUAAUCAUGAUGCCCGAUGGUUGCCUAAUCAUGAUGCCCGAUGGUUGCCUAAUCAUGAUGCCCGAUGGUUGCCUAAUCAUGAUGCCCGAUGGUUGCCUAAUAAUGAUGCCCGAUGGUUGCCUAAUCAUGAUGCCCGAUGGUUGCCUAAUCAUGAUGCCCGAUGGUUGCCUAAUCAUGAUGCCCGAUGAUUGCCUAAUCAUGAUGCCCGAUGAUUGCCUAAUCAUGAUGCCCGAUGGUUGCCUAAUCAUGAUGCCCGAUGGUUGCCUAAUCAUGAUGCCCGAUGAUUGCCUAAUCAUGAUGCCGGAUGGUUGCUAUUUUAAAAAUAGUCCAAGACAGGAAAAUAUGCACUUCUUUGGAGGAGGCCUUCACCCGUGGAGGGGUUCUUGCAGAUAUUUACAAUUUUAUUAA